GCGGCGCUUAGCCGGGAGCAGAGCGGACAGCGCCAGCCAGAGCGGAGCUCCGUGCGUCCCCCACCCGCCGGGCCAGACUGGAAGCCACUUAAGGAAGGAUAUUCCAUGUCCUCUCUGGGAUCUCAAGCCAGGCCAAAACCCAGCAGUACCUGACUGGCCCAGGGAGGCAGCAGGCCCAGCCGCAUAUGCACACUUCUGUGUUGGUGUGAGAGCUAGUGAUCCUGCUGGUGGCCCCUGACCAUGGAGGCACCUCUGCAGACAGAAAUGGUGGAGCUGGUGCCCAACGGCAAACACUCGGAGGGGCUGCUCCCAGUCACCACCCCCACGGCCGGCAACCCGAGGGUCGAGGGCCCCAGACGGAGCUGUGUUGAGGGCAAGGGCUUCCUACAGAAAAACCCCAGCAAGGAGCCGCACUUCACUGACUUCGAGGGGAAGACCUCAUUUGGGAUGUCAGUGUUCAACCUCAGCAACGCCAUCAUGGGCAGCGGCAUCCUGGGCCUCGCCUACGCCAUGGCCAACACGGGCAUCAUCCUUUUCCUGUUCCUGCUGACGGCCGUUGCCCUGCUCUCCAGCUACUCCAUCCACCUGCUACUCAAGUCCUCAGGGAUCGUGGGCAUCCGUGCCUACGAGCAGCUGGGCUACCGUGCCUUUGGGACCCCAGGGAAGCUGGCAGCGGCCCUGGCCAUCACGCUGCAGAAUAUUGGAGCCAUGUCCAGCUACCUGUACAUCAUCAAGUCUGAGCUGCCCCUUGUCAUACAGACCUUCCUGAACCUGGAGGAGCAAACCUCGGACUGGUACAUGAACGGGAACUACCUGGUGAUCCUAGUUUCUGUCACCGUCAUUCUGCCUCUGGCACUGAUGCGGCAGCUUGGCUACCUGGGUUACUCCAGCGGCUUCUCUCUCAGCUGCAUGGUGUUCUUCCUAAUCGCAGUCAUCUACAAAAAGUUCCACGUGCCCUGCCCACUGCCCGUCAACUUCGCCAACAUCACGGGCAACUUCAGCCUCGUGGAGGUCACCAAGGAGGAGGCACAGCUGCGGGUUGAGACAGAGACCACAGCCCUCUGCACCCCGAGCUACUUCACACUCAACUCACAGGUCCCAACAGGCCAGGGUGGGGGCGGUGGGCCCCGUGAGAGUGGGGGGGGCUGCCCUGACGUGGUCCCCGUGUCUCCCCAGACGGCAUAUACCAUCCCCAUCAUGGCCUUCGCCUUCGUCUGCCAUCCCGAGGUGCUGCCCAUCUAUACAGAGCUCAAGGAUCCCUCCAAGAGGAAGAUGCAGCACAUCUCCAACCUGUCCAUCUCCGUCAUGUAUGUCAUGUACUUCCUGGCUGCCCUCUUCGGCUACCUCACCUUCUACGACGGGGUGGAGUCUGAGCUACUGCACACCUACAGCAAGGUGGACCCAUUCGACGUGCUGAUCCUCUGCGUGCGAGUGGCCGUGCUGACGGCAGUCACACUCACGGUGCCAAUCGUUCUGUUUCCGGUGCGCCGUGCCAUCCAGCAGAUGCUGUUUAAGAACCAGGAGUUCAGCUGGUUGCGGCACACGCUCAUUGCCAUCGGCCUGCUCACUUGCAUCAACCUGCUGGUUAUCUUCGCUCCCAACAUCCUGGGCAUCUUCGGGGUCAUCGGUGCCACAUCUGCCCCAUGCCUCAUCUUCAUCUUCCCUGCCAUCUUCUACUUCCGCAUCAUACCCACCGAGAGGGAGCCUGCAAAGUCUACCCCCAAAAUCCUGGCCCUUUGUUUCGCUGUGCUUGGCCUCUUGCUGAUGACCAUGAGCUUGAGCUUCAUCAUCACUGACUGGGUGUCAGGGACCAGCCGGCAUGGAGGAAGCCACUAGGAGGAGACAUCCAUCCUGUUCUGACUACUCGUCCACGAACCCCUGCCCAGAGUCUUCAGCCCUUGCUCCCAUCUAGCCAAGGGGGAGGAGAAAGACGUGUUAACACUAUGGCAUUUGGCUCUGCCUCACAUCCUCUCUGUGGAAGGUUUCUGUCAGAGCCAGGACCAAGGCCCUAGGGCCACUCCCUUUCUGGGCUCCCGGGCUCCAGGGGCUGCCUGGGCUGAGAGCAGGGUGGGGCUGUACCCUUGCUCCCUCACUCUUGCCUCAGCUCCCACCCAAGCCUCUGUUCUCCUUUGCACAGAUGCGCACACGAGGCCCCGCAGCUGCCUCCCGAGGUCACACAGCCUGUAGGGCACGUAGAGCUGGAAACCAGGCCUGCAGCCAUCUCCCCACCGUGCUGCUGGGCCGUGGUCUGCACCCUGGGGCCUCAUCUCCCUCAGCUCACUCACCUCUUCCCACUUCUGUCCCUGAGGCCCCUUUCAGGCACUUGGACUCAGGCCCUUAGAUACUCUUGUCUCCUUCUCCCAUCCCCGUCACCAGAAGCAGACCAUUCCCCCUCACACCUGGAGCCAGUAGGUUCUUUUGAGUGUGAGGCUGGUGUGGGCACCCCCAAGGGACCCCUACCCUGUCCCUUCACCAGUCCUGGGGAGGCUGGGACUCCCCCCACCCCAAGCCUGGGCCAUAGCUCACAUUCCACUUCUGGGAGAAGAAAGAGUCUGGGGCCCGGAGUGUCUCUGUCCCCUGGGAGCCAAAGACCCCAGGGGCUGGUCUGGGGCAGGAGUGGAGAGGUGGUGGGUCCCCUUUUAUAAAUAUUAUACAUAAGACCAGC